UGCAGCUGCUAAGGCUAGUGCACCACGUGCAACAAAGAAUCUAAAUCCCUAAUAUCAUAAAACAGGAGCAAUAACUUACUAUGGAGUCCGAAAAGGAAGAGUUGAGCAUGGAAGUGGUGGAGCCCGAAGAUGCCGAGACCGACUCAGAGCCGGACAGCGACAGUGGGGGGUCGGAAGACGACUCCGCAGCGAAACAGCCGAAGGAAGUUUAUCUGCCGGGCAAAACUCUGGCCGAGGAUGAGGAGCUGGUCUGCGACGAGAGUGCCUAUGUGAUGCUGCACCAGGCUUCCACUGGGGCGCCCUGUCUGAGCUUUGAUGUCGUUCCUGACGAGCUGGGAAAGAGCCGCGAGUCAUUCCCGAUGACCGCCUACAUUGUGGCGGGCACACAAGCGGCCCGCACCCAUGUCAACAAUCUGAUUGUGAUGAAGAUGAGCAAUCUGCACAGGACCCAGGACGAUGAGGCAGAGGAAGACGAUGAGGAACUGGAAGACGACCAGGACGAUGUGCCCGACAAGGAGGAGCUGAAGAAACCACAAAUGACCUGCGCCCUGAUUAAGCAUCAGGGGUGUGUCAAUCGUGUCCGUGCCCGUCGUCUGGGCAACACAGUGUACGCCGCCUCCUGGAGUGAGCUGGGACGCGUGAACAUCUGGAAUCUAUCACAGCCUUUGCAAGCCGUCGAGGACGUGCAGCUCCUAAAGCAAUACGAACAGAACGAGACGCGUCCGGUGUUCACCUUCAGUGGACACCAGCAGGAGGGCUUCGCAGUGGACUGGAGUCCCAGUGCCGAGGGCGUGCUGGCCACGGGCGACUGUCGUCGCGAUAUCCACAUCUGGAGUCCUCUGGAGGAUGGCACCUGGAAGGUGGACCAACGGCCGCUGGCGGGACAUACACAAUCGGUAGAGGACUUGCAGUGGAGCCCCAAUGAGCGCAGCGUCCUUGCAUCCUGUUCGGUGGACAAGACCAUUCGCAUCUGGGACUGCCGGGCGGCGCCACAGAAGGCCUGCAUGCUGACCUGCCAGGAUGCCCACGAGAGCGACAUCAAUGUAAUCUCUUGGAAUCACACAGAGCCCUUCAUCGCCAGCGGCGGCGACGAUGGCUUCCUGCACAUCUGGGAUCUUCGCCAGUUCCAGAGCCAGAAGCCCAUCGCCACCUUCAAGCAUCAUACGGAUCACAUUACCACUGUUGAGUGGAGUCCCAGCGAGGCCACAGUCCUGGCCUCGGGCGGGGAUGACGAUCAAAUCGCCCUCUGGGACUUGGCUGUCGAGAAGGACGCGGACCAGGUGCAGGCCCAGGCUCAGAACGAGGAGGAGGUAAGCAAGCUGCCUCCGCAACUGCUCUUCAUCCACCAGGGCCAGAAGGAGAUCAAGGAGCUGCACUGGCAUGCGCAGCUGCCGGGCGUUCUGCUCUCCACCGCUCACAGCGGCUUCAAUAUCUUCCGCACCAUCAGCGUUUAGUCCCGUGCACGUGUCAUGGCGUGCCUCCAAUUCCCGUUCCAACUCCAAACCCCCGCUGCCGCUCCCGCCCACGUCCACAAUCUACGACAAUGCAAAUAAACCAUAAAACGAAAUCUGUGA